UAAGUGAGAAAAAAUACAUAUUAAAACAUUUUUGCUGUGGCAACAGAGACGAAAUAGCUAAUCAAGUGUGAAAAUUGAAAACGAAAGAAUAAAUUAACUAUCGAAAGCUAUGACGACGGACAUUUCAAUUGUUCGAUGGGAUCCUAGUCAGGGUCCUGGCAACGAAUACAUCGACGAAUAUGAAUACGAUGGUGGUAACUCUAGUUCACGGCUUUUUGAACGUUCCCGUAUCAAGGCCUUGGCCGAGGAACGUGAAAGUGUACAAAAGAAAACCUUCACCAAAUGGGUAAACUCGCAUCUGUGCCGUGUCAACUGUCGAAUAUCCGAUUUGUAUGUCGAUAUGCGAGAUGGAAAACAUUUAAUAAAGUUAUUGGAAGUAUUGUCCGGCGAAAGACUGCCUAAACCCACAAAGGGUAAGAUGAGAAUUCACUGUUUAGAGAAUGUGGACAAAGCAUUGCAGUUUUUGCGUGAGCAGCGUGUGCAUUUGGAGAAUAUUGGUUCCCAUGAUAUUGUUGAUGGCAAUGCAUCAUUAAAUUUAGGUUUAAUAUGGACCAUUAUUUUGAGAUUCCAAAUCCAAGAUAUAACAAUCGAAGAAGUAGACAAUAAGGAAACUAAGUCAGCCAAGGAUGCUUUGCUAUUGUGGUGUCAAAUGAAAACCGCUGGCUACCACAAUGUUAAUGUACGUAACUUCACAACAUCGUGGCGUGAUGGUCUUGCCUUCAACGCCAUUAUCCAUAAACACCGUCCUGAUUUGGUGCAAUUCGAAAAACUUUCGAAAGCAAAUCCAAUUCACAACUUGAACAACGCCUUUGAUGUGGCCGAAGACAAACUUGGCUUGGCCAAACUCUUGGAUGCCGAGGAUGUUUGUGUCGAGCAUCCCGAUGAGAAAUCAAUCAUUACUUAUGUUGUAACCUACUAUCACUACUUCAGCAAACUGAAGCAAGAAACUGUCCAGGGCAAACGUAUUGGCAAGGUGGUCGGUAUUGCCAUGGAAAAUGACAAAAUGAUUAACGACUAUGAACAUUUCACCAGCGAUUUGCUGAAAUGGAUUGAAACAACUAUCCAGGCUUUGGGAGAGCGUGUAUUCGAAAACUCUCUGGUGGGUGUGCAGGGCCAGUUGGCACAAUUUUCCAAUUACCGCACCAUUGAAAAACCACCAAAGUUUGUGGAAAAGGGAAAUUUGGAAGUGCUUUUGUUUACGCUUCAAUCCAAAAUGAGGGCUAACAACCAAAAGCCAUACACUCCCAAGGAGGGAAAAAUGAUUUCAGAUAUCAACAAAGCCUGGGAGCGCCUUGAAAAGGCUGAACACGAACGUGAACUGGCUCUGCGCGAGGAAUUGAUUCGCCAAGAGAAGUUGGAGCAGCUGGCUGCACGUUUCGAUCGCAAGGCAUCAAUGCGUGAAACUUGGCUCUCGGAAAAUCAACGCCUGGUUAGUCAGGAUAACUUCGGUUUUGAUCUGGCCGCCGUUGAAGCUGCUGCCAAGAAACACGAAGCCAUCGAAACUGAUAUCUUUGCCUACGAAGAACGCGUUCAAGCUGUUGUGGCCGUAUGUGAUGAAUUGGAAUCGGAGCGCUAUCACGAUGUCAAGCGGAUUUUGUUGCGCAAAGAGAAUGUUAUGCGUUUGUGGAACUAUUUGCUUGAACUCCUGCGUGCGCGUCGUAUGCGUCUGGAAAUAUCUCUGCAACUGCAACAGAACUUCCAAGAAAUGCUAUACAUUCUGGACAAUAUGGAGGAAAUUAAACAAUUGUUGUUGACUGACGACUAUGGCAAGCAUUUGAUGGGUGUUGAAGAUCUUUUGCAGAAACAUUCAUUGGUUGAGGCCGACAUCAAUAUUUUGGGCGAACGCGUGAAAGUUGUAGUACAAAAUUCACAGAAAUUCCUAAGCGACGAUCCAGAGUCUUACAAGCCAUGUGAUCCUGAGAUUAUCGUCAGCCGUGUGCAACAAUUGGAAGAUGCCUAUGCUGAAUUGGUGCGCUUGGCUGUUGAACGCCGAAGCCGUUUGGAAGAAAGUCGCAAAUUGUGGCAAUUCUAUUGGGACACCGCCGAUGAGGAGAAUUGGAUCAAAGAGAAGGAACAAAUUGUUUCCACUGAUGACAUUGGUCAUGACUUGACAACUGUAAACUUGUUGCUUAGCAAACAUAAGGCAUUGGAAUCUGAGAUAUCAUCUCACGAUCCCCAACUACAAAAUGUUGCUAAAGUUGGUGCCGAGCUCAUUACUGAGGGACACUUUGGUGCUGACCGAAUUAAGGAUCGUCUAAAGGAAAUUCUUUCUAAAUGGGAUCAUCUUCUCGAUCUUACCAAAUACCGACGUCAACGCCUAGAAAAUGCUGUUGAGUACUUCCAAUUGUUUGCUGAUGCUGAUGAUGUCGAUAACUGGAUGUUGGACACUUUGCGCAUAGUAUCCAGUGAAGACGUCGGCCGCGACGAGGCGAAUGUUCAGUCUCUUCUCAAGAAGCACAAAGACGUUGCCGACGAGCUUAAGAACUAUGCCGAGGUCAUCGAUGCUUUGCACAAGCAAGCAGAGAAUUUGAAAUUGAACGAUACGGAGAAGGCCAACGUCGACAAGCGUUUGGAAGCCAUUGAUACCCGUUAUAAGGAACUCACAGAGUUGGGCAAAUUGCGCAAGCAGCGCUUGCUUGACGCAUUAAGUCUGUACAAACUUAUGUCCGAAGCCGAUGGCGUUGAACAAUGGAUCAAGGAGAAGACUAAGAUGCUUGACACCAUGACACCCGGAAAGGACAUUGAAGAUGUCGAAAUCAUGAAGCAUCGUUUCGAAGGAUUCGAUAAAGAAAUGAAUGCGAAUGCUUCUCGUGUGGCUGUUGUCAACCAGUUGGCCAGACAAUUGUUGCAUGUUGAACACCCCAACUCAGAUGAAAUUCUGGAACGUCAAAAUCGUCUCAAUGUGGAGUGGUCCAACCUCCGCGAAAAGGCCGAAUCUAAAAUGGAUGAGCUUAAAUCUGCUCAUGGUGUGCAAACGUUCUACAUCGAGUGCCGAGAAACAAUUUCCUGGAUUGAGGAUAAGAAACGUAUCCUUACUGAAACUGAUAGUUUGGAGAUGGAUCUUACCGGUGUAAUGACACUGCAGCGACGUUUAAGCGGCAUGGAACGCGAUUUGGCCGCCAUUCAAGCCAAACUUUCCAGCUUGGGCAAAGAAGCCGAUAGCAUUGAAAGCGAUCACCCAGAAGAGGCUCAAAUUAUACGCGACCGCAUUGCUCAGAUCGAACUUAUCUGGGAGCAAUUGACUCAGAUGCUGAAGGAACGCGAUUCCAAAUUGGAGGAAGCUGGUGAUUUGCACAGGUUCUUGAGAGACUUGGAUCACUUCCAGACCUGGUUGACCAAAACACAAACCGAUGUGGCUUCCGAAGAUACACCAACCUCGCUGCCAGAAGCCGAACAACUGCUUAAUCAACAUCAAUCAAUCCGAGAAGAAAUCGAUAAUUACACCGAAGAUUAUAAGAACAUGAUGGAGUAUGGUGAACGCCUGACAUCCGAAUCGAAUACUUCCGACGACCCUCAAUACAUGUUCUUGCGUGAACGUUUGAAGGCUCUGAAGGAUGGUUGGGAAGAAUUGCACCAAAUGUGGGAGAACCGUCAAGUCUUGCUCUCUCAAAGCCUUGAUCAACAAUUAUUCAAUCGCGAUGCGCGUCAAACUGAAGUUUUGCUUAGCCAACAAGAGCACUUCCUUAGCAAGGAUGACACUCCGGUUAAUUUAGAACAAGCCGAGAAUCAACUAAAACGUCAUGAAGCCUUCCUUACCACAAUGGAAGCGAACGAUGAUAAACUCAAUACUCUGUUGCAAGUUGCAGAUACCCUUGUCGAGAAGGAGCACUUUGACGCCGACAAGAUUGGAAAGCGAGCAGAAAACAUUGCCAGUCGUCGUGAUGAUAAUCGUCGUAGAGCCCUGGAGCAGCACGAGAAGUUGAAGAAUCAAGUUAAACUUCAUGAAUUCCUUCAAGAUUUGGAUGAGCUAUCCGAAUGGGUGCAAGAAAAGUAUGCCACUUCUCAGGAUGAAACCUACCGAAGUGCUAAAACCAUUCAUUCCAAAUGGACUAGGCAUCAAGCUUUUGAAGCUGAAAUCGCCGCAAACAAAGAACGCCUCUACGAGGCAGAGAAGGCCGCAGAAGAACUUUCCAAGGAAAAGCCCGAAUUCAAGGAUGUCAUUCAACCUAAACUGAAGGAACUGGGCAAGCAGUUCGAAGACCUGGAAACACACACCAAAGAGAAGGGUGCUCUGCUAUUCGACGCUAACCGCGAAGUCCUCGUGCAGCAAACUUGCGAUGACAUUGAUUCCUACAUCACCGAGUUAGAGAAACAAAUUGUUACCGCGGACACUGGCAAUGAUCUAACAUCCGUCAACAUUUUGAUGCAGAAACAACAGGUCAUACAGACACAGAUGGCCGUCAAGGAACGCCAAGUUGAAGAGAUUGACAAACAAACCGAAUAUUUGAAGAAGACUGUUCCGGAGGAAAAGAUUGAACCAAUUGUAACCAAGAAGAUUGCGGUUCUUGAUCGCUUUGAAAAGAUAAAGGCUCCUCUCAUCGAACGCCAAAAGCAGUUGGAAAAGAAAAAGGAAGCUUUCCAAUUUUGUCGCGAUGUCGAGGAUGAAAAAUUGUGGAUUGAUGAAAAACUGCCUGUUGCCAACUCUUCGGACUACGGCAACUCUCUGUUCAAUGUGCACGUUCUGAAGAAGAAGAACCAAUCAUUGGCCACCGAAAUCGAUAACCACGAACCACGUAUUAAUGCCAUAUGCAACAAUGGCCGUAAACUUAUUGACGAGGGCCACGAGGAUGCUAAGAAAUUCGAGGCUUUAAUUAGCGACUUGACGCAGAAAUGGCAAGAACUGAAGGACGCCGUUGACAACCGCAAGAAAAAUCUCUUGGAGUCCGAAAAAAUACAACAAUACUUCUUCGACGCUCAAGAAGCUGAGUCGUGGAUGAGCGAACAAGAACUAUACAUGAUGGUCGAGGAUCGUGGCAAGGAUGAAGUGAGUGCCCAGAACCUAAUGAAGAAACACGAGAAUCUGGAACAGUCUAUUGAAGACUACGCCAACACCAUUCGUCAAUUGGGUGAGGUGGCAUGCCAGUUCAACACUGACGAUGUGUCCAGCGGUGAUGCUGUAGCUGUUAAACAGUCACAAUUGGACAAAUUAUAUGCCGGUCUGAAGGAUUUGGCGGGCGAACGACGUGCCCGUUUAAAUGAAGCCCUGCAAUUGUUCAUGCUUAACCGCGAAGUGGACGAUUUGGAGCAAUGGAUCGCCGAUCGCGAAGUUGUCGCCGGUUCGCAAGAGUUGGGCCAGGACUAUGACCAUGUGACUUUGUUGUCCGAACGCUUCAGUGAGUUUGCCCGCGAUACUGAAUCCGUUGGUGGCGAACGUGUAGCAAAGGUUAACAGUAUUGCCGACAAUCUGAUUCAAGCCGGCCACUCAGAUUCAGCCACAAUUGCCGAAUGGAAAGACAAUCUGAAUGAAUCCUGGCAAGACCUAUUGGAAUUAAUUGAAACGCGCACACAAAUGCUUGCCGCUUCCCGCGAAUUGCACAAAUUCUUCCAUGACUGCAAAGACGUUCUUAGCCGCAUUAUUGAAAAGCAACAUGGCGUAUCUGACGAAUUGGGUCGCGAUGCUGGUUCAGUCUCCGCUUUGCAACGUAAGCACUAUAACUUCAUGCAAGAUCUAACCACCCUCUACGCGCAAGUACAACAAAUCCAAGAAGAGUCUGCCAAAUUGCAAGAUUCCUAUGCCGGUGACAAGGCUAAAGAGAUCACGAAUCGCGAACAAGAGGUCCUGCAUGCGUGGGCGAACCUGCAAGCUAUGUGCGAUGCACGAAAACAAAAGCUGGCCGAUACUGGUGACUUGUUCCGCUUCUUUAAUAUGGUACGCAUUCUAAUGAUCUGGAUGGAAGAUUUGGUGCGACAAAUGAACACAUCGGAGAAGGCUCGCGAUGUCUCUGGCGUUGAGCUGCUUAUGAACAAUCACCAAAGCCUAAAGGCUGAAAUAGAUACACGCGAAGACAACUUUUCGGCUUGCAUAUCCUUGGGCAAAGAGCUCUUGACGCGCAGUCAUUAUGCAUCUGCCGACAUUAAAGACAGACUCCUACAAUUGAACAACAGUCGAAACUCAUUGCUUCGAAGAUGGGAGGAACGUUGGGAAAACUUACAACUAAUUCUGGAAGUAUAUCAAUUCGCUAGAGAUGCUGCCGUUGCCGAAGCUUGGCUUAUAGCUCAAGAACCAUACCUAUUGUCAUCAGAAUUGGGUCAUACCAUUGAUGAAGUGGAAAAUCUUAUUAAAAAACACGAAGCUUUUGAAAAAUCUGCUGCUGCCCAAGAAGAGCGUUUCAGUGCACUUGAGCGUUUAACAACCUUUGAGCUUAAAGAAAUGAAGAAACGUCAAGAGCAGGCGGAAGAGGCAGAGAGACAACGCAUUAAGGAAGAGAUGGAGGCUAAAGCGGCAGCCGAAGCAGCGGAACAAGCGAAACGAGAAGCUGAGAGACGCGAUGUUGUCGAUGUGGCAGCAUCCGAGGAAGCAGCCGCUGUGGUCGAUACUGCCGCUGAAGUUGAGCGUACGGCUGAGACACAAACAGAACGGGCGACAGCUGCCGCAGGUGAAGCUCAUGAAGGCUAUUUAACGAGAAAACAUGAAUGGGAGUCUACCACAAAGAAAGCAUCAAACAGAUCUUGGGAUAAGGUAUAUACAGUGGCUCGAAGUGGUCGCAUUUCAUUCUUCAAAGAACAAAAGGGUUAUAAGAGUAAUCCUGAAUUGACUUUCCGCGGAGAACCAGUAUAUGACUUGCAAGGGGCAUCUGUUGAAAUUGCCAGCGACUACACAAAGAAGAAGCAUGUUUUAAGAGUCAAGCUUUCAAACGGCGGUGAGUUCUUACUGCAAGCCCAUGAUGAUAAUGAAAUGUCACAAUGGGUCUCUGCUCUGAAGAAUCAAACUGAUUCGGCAGCUGUUGCAGAAAGUAGAUCCCAGACGUUACCAGCCACAUCGCAAAAGGACGAACCAAAGCGUAGGUCUUUCUUUACUUUGAAGAAGAAGUAAAUUAGGUAGGGCAACAACAAAACACCAUAAACCAACACACACACACACACAUUUACACCGCAACAUUUAUUUAACGCUUAAAUAAAUAUAAAAUUGUAAGGUUUAAUAAUUAAAUUAUAAAUGAUGAAUGAAGAAUAAUAGUUAUUAUUUAUAUAUUGCUUAUAUAAUAUAAAAACCCCGAUAAGUGCACCAUAAAAACAAAACAAAACAAAAUGCUGCUAUUAAAUUUAAUCUUACGUAUAUUGUAUCUUAUUUAUUAUUUAACGAAACAAAAACAACUUAUAAGGAAUCCAAUCAAAAAUAAAAAAACUCAUGUAUGCAUUUGAAUGUAUUCAAUAAAAAUAUAAAUUUAUUCCCUCUAAAUUUUAAUGAAAAUCUUGGUAAAAACCCAAUAUCCUGGACAAACAUGUUGAGAAUAAAGGCGUGCAGAAAAACGAAACAGA